GUCCCUUCCGUGCCACCUGUGCCCCCCCCCAUUGCUUUGCUGGCACCUGGCGGCCAGUCAGUGGCCUGGCUCGGCGGCGGCGGCGGGCGCUUGAUCUUGGGUAAAGGCCCCUGCCUAUAACCCUGGGCAGCCAUCACUCAUCAAAGCAGACAGUACUGGAAGAGCUUCCCAGAGAGCGCCUUUCUGUUUGGAGUCUGAGAUCUGAAGGCUAGAAGUAGGGCUGCCCAGCUCUCCUCUCCCUACUCCAGUGUGGCCGGGGGGAGAGGUGCUUACUUGGAGGGGGAUGCGCUAGAAGACCCAAAGCAGAAGCAAGCGGUGGCUCUGGCAGCCCACCCUCCUGCCCUGAAGGGCCCAGAGCAAUGAAGGGACCUCUGGCACCCAGCACCUUUUUGCUCAUCUGUCUACUAUCCCAGGCGCAUGGCAAGGAGAGGGACACGGAAGAGAGGCCUGGAGCACCAACACAAUCGUCACCCCACAGCCACACUUCCAGGGCUGGAAAUGACAAUGAGAAAGGCAGCAAGCGGCAUAGAGGUUCCGAGUGUGUGCGCUGCUGCGACCCUCCUGAACAGUCCCAGUCAUAUCCGAUGUACCAGCCAUUGCCUCAGAUCAACAUAACCAUCUUAAAAGGUGAGAAAGGGGACCGUGGUGAGCGUGGCCCCCAAGGGAAGCUGGGCAAGGCUGGUUCCACGGGGAGCAAGGGCCAGAUGGGUCUCAAGGGGCAAAAAGGCAACAUAGGGUCUCCAGGGGAGCGGUACAAGACCAACUAUGCUGCUUUUUCGGUGGGCCGUAAGAAACCUCUGCACAGCAACGACUAUUACCAGACGCUCAUCUUUGACACUGAGUAUGUGAACCUCUACGGCCACUUCAACAUGUUCAUGGGCAAGUUCUAUUGCUACGUGCCUGGUGUGUAUUUCUUCAGCCUCAAUGUGCACACCUGGAACCAGAAGGAGACCUAUCUGCACAUCAUGCGCAAUGGGGCUGAGGUGGCCAUCUUGUAUGCUCAGGCCAGUGACCGAAGUAUCAUGCAGAGCCAGAGCCUCAUGUUGGAGCUGCAGGACCAGGAUGAAGUCUGGGUUCGGCUCUUCAAGGGUGAGCGGGAUAAUGCUGUUUUCAGCGAUGAGUAUGACACCUAUGUUACUUUCAGUGGAUACCUAGUGAAGCCCAGCUCUGAGCCUUGAAUCUGCAGGCAGAUGGACAAAACAGUACUAAGAACCUUUCCUCAUACUUCCAGUGCCUUCCUCCAUAUUGAUUUCCAGCCCAAAUCCUGAUCUACCAGAACCCACCUGCAACCCUGAAAUUACUUUUGCUGCUUGGACCGUCACCCACAUCAAAUUCUGUCCUCUCUUCCCUUGAACAGGUUCUCCUACAGUCACCUCUGACUAUCUUUCCACCCUCCCUGCCUUCAGCCUCAAGCACUCGCAGCUCUUCCCAAAUGCUAACCUAACCUAACUCUUUGCCCUAACCCAUAGCUUCACUUGCCCUACUGAGACUCGCAUCCUAAAUUGCAUAACUACAUUACUUCUGUGCACAGGGGCAGCCCACAGUAUUGGUGAGGUAUUGGUGCCUGUGGUGAGGUGCCGAAAGCUGCCUUGCCCUGUGAUGCCCUGGUGGGGGCCAGCCCCCUUUCAAAACGGACCCUGCAAGCUUUGAAAGUGGUAUGGGGGGAUGGGGGAGGGCAGCUUGAUACCGGCCUCCUCUUCUCUCCUCAUGCUGCUUGCAACUUUUGCAAAGAGUAUGAGGAGAAGUGCUCCUGCAAAGCUUGUAAGGGCCAGAUGGGUCUCAAGAGCUGCUCCAAUGGCUGCACUGAGGUGGGGAAUUGUGAAGCUGGUGGUGUCCCAAUAAUCUGCCACCUGAGGCAACCACCUCACCUUGCCUUAUGCGCCUCACCUCGCCUCAGUACUGGGCUUCAUAGGGCUCUGUUGAUACCAAAGCCACCCCACUCCCCUGCUGGACAGGAAUGGCUUGCAAUACCCUUCCUCUCUCUACUGUGUAGAAAAGGGGUACCGGGAUUCUUGGUGCUGAAACUAUUUUGUGUCACACUGGUGCACUAAAAUAAGACCCUGCCCUUGUAGCACAGAGUAGAGAACUUUACAAUGAUCUUCAGCAUUUAGUGUCAUGAAUCAUGAUAGCUGCAUCUUUAGCUUGGAGGAGGAUUAUGCCCGAUUGCAUCCCACUAGUUCCAAAUAUCCCUAUGAGCAACUGGGCCUUGGUGUGUCCUGAGACACAGGGGUUCCUGAUGGAUAAGUCCAGCAGCCAUAUUUGACUUCGGGGUUGCUCAGUGAGAUAGUUUCCAUCCCUGCAUCCCCCAUCCCUUCCCUCCAUUCUCAAAAGAAAGUUGCAGUACCCUGCAGGCCUCCAGACCCAGCUUCUCUUGGCUAGGUCUGGUCAUCAGGUCUUGGACUUGGAGGAUGGGGGACCAGCCCCAUCCUCAAAUUGAAGGCUGAUCUAGACAAGAGAAGCUGGGUCUGCCCGGAUGCUUGCACAAGCUGUUGCACUCACAAAAAACUGUCUUUGCAUUAAACAUGCAGAAGUAAUUAAAAUCACUAACCAGGAUCUCGCAGACCUUUUCCUCUGCUCUUUCUCCCUCAUGUACGUAUGGGAAUUGAGGGCAUUGGACACAGUGGGCAGAGGCAGGAAAUCUCUCUCCAGGAAGAGAGCCCAAGAGUGUAAGGCUAUUUGUGAAACAGAGUGGAAGUGAAUGACGUCUUGCUCGAAGCCUUCUCCAGAAAGAAAUAUCACCAUGGCCCUGAGGUCUAGUCCCCACUCUGUUGUUCCUUUCUGGUGUUCUUAAAACACAUGUAAGGGAGUGGUCAGGAAGAUGUCUAUAUUGUAGUAUGCAAAUGGUCAUGCUGUUUCUAAAUGCACCCCAUGCUCCCGGGUAUCUCAGAUGUAAACGGGGCCUCCUCCUCACACCACCCUCCCCCAGGCCUUGGCCUAGCCAUUGUUCAGAGCAAACAUACAGUUCAGCACAGGCCUGCUGUACGUCAAUACCAGCUACCUCCAGAGCACUUUCUUGGAACUGGGGAGUGGAGAGGCAAGGGGAAAUGAGGAAGAAGUGGAGAAGGAGCAGGCCAGUGAAGUGAUGUGCUAAUACUAAUAUUGACAAAGGAGAUAUGAAUCAGGGAAAAGAUGAGAUCACCUGCUAUGGGGCCAAAGGAAACAUUCUGGGUGGCGGACCUCCAUUCUCAGCUGCUGGGAUCCAGCGUGCUGAGCCCUGUGCUCAGGGUGGCACAUACUACUACAGGCAAAGAGCUCUCCAGAAUACCCCACUUUCUCCUGGUGAUGGACAGCCAAGCUGUGCCAUCAUAGGCAGGAAGCUUCCCUGAGACCAUGCCAUGCGCCCCGUGCCCCAGGAACAUUUUCGCAACAGACUCUCUGCUGAAUGAAAUGGGUGCGGCUAAUGCUUAAUUUGAGCCAGAGCUCACUAAUGCCAGACUUAAGAAUGUGAUUCUGUCAUGUCACACACUAAAUGGGACCAGCUUUUCUCCGCAGCUGCAGACAGGGUGGAGAGGCAGACACCUCUGAGCAUGGACACUCCUCUUCCUGUCAUUUGUUAUUGGAGGUUUCACCAUCAGUUAUAUAGUUCCAAAAUGUUUAUUCUAAAUAUUAAGAAGAGUAACUUGCUAACUCUGCUGCCUGCUUCUCCACUUAGUGUCACUAGAUAGUGUGUUGCAGCAGCCAAACCUUUGGCAUCAGGACUUGUCCGUCUUUCUCAGGCUUAUUGGAAUGCUAAAAUAUAACCUUACCAGACUUCCUCUGGGAUAUCAUGCAAGUAAAUGUCCAUAGCAUUCUGACAAGGGUAAAGUUCUGCUUUGAAUCUCCAGUCAUCCUUGCCACUCUCCCCACCCCCACUUUGUUUCUAAUGCUCAGCCUCAAGGCACACAAGUGUAAUCUCAGUCUGCCUACCCAAUUGGUAGGGAUUAAUUGAUAGUUCCCAUCCCACCUAAGAUGUAGGGACCUGCAGUAUUUAUCCUUCUGUUGGUCAGCAAUUUCAUCCAAGGCCAAUGAUGAGCAACUUUCAUGUAUAUACCCAUCCUUCUCCCAGAAAAUAUACAAAUCCAAAAUUAAAAGUAGUAAGCAAGCAAUAAGCAGGUGCUGUAUACAAAAGGGACAUUUAUUCCCCCCACCCCCGCUAAAUUGUUGUAUUGUUGAAAUACAAACUUCUAUCUCCUCUCUCUCCCCUUUUCUUCCAAUGUCCACAGAGUUCCAGUUCCCAAAAGGAAAGAAACCUGUUAUACAGCACAGGGGUUCCCAUCUUGGGUCCAGAACUCCCAUCAUCCACAGCCACAAGGGCCUUUGGCUGAAUGCCAUUGUGGCUUGGGACGAUGGGAUUUGUGGUCCAACAUCUGGGGACCCAAAGUGGGAACCACUGCUAUAUAGAACAUACAUACACCCACGUGCACAGAGAAACUGCAGUUCUUGGAGUGGCUCCAAAGCCUGCUGUCCUAGCUGCCUUUUAAGAGACCUGUAAUUGUGUUUUACAGGUCUCCUUGUCCUGUAAUAGUUGUGCAGGGGGUUUCCUGGAUCUCCAGGUGAGCAAAGGCUCCAUUGUCCCCAGGUGAUGCUGCCUCAUGUUUUGUCUGCCAGCAGAUGGUGGACAGCUGCUUCAGAAGAUGUACGAGUUAUACAAGGACAGUAAGGUUCGGUAAAUUCUGGACCCUUUUACAUAAGAUGCUUUUCUUAAAACCAGCAAAGAGUGUUGUCACUGUUGUGGCACCUUCAGGACUAACAAAUGACUUGUAACAUAAUCUUUUGUGGAACACAGUUCACUUGAUCAGAUGCACGAAACAUUAUCCUCUUGUGGCAGGUAUACAUGUACGUGGGUACAGAUAAAGGUUGGUGGGGGGGAAGCCCAGUCGUGGACAGUUAAUAUUUCUCCCCCUUUCUCUAUUCCCAUGUAUUUAUGUACCUGCCAACCAAGAAUAACACUUCAUCCAUCUGAUGAAGUGAACUAUAGUCCAUGAUGCUGAUGCUACAAAACAUUUAUUGGUAAGGUGCCAAACAUAUCCUUGUUGGUUUUGCUGCAACAGACUAACAUGGCUACUGUUCUGGAAGGUGUUUCUCUAAAUAGAUGCAUAGAGGUGCAAGGGAAACAAAAAAUACACACUAUUGUGUGUGAUGAUUGCUCCUGUCUACCAUGCGAACACAUGCCACAGCUUCUCAACAUCUGUACAUGGCACAAAACAGAAAUGUGUGUAGUCUUCGGUGUGGACAAGGGCCGACAUCCAGACUAAAUUGCUCCUGUGUAGCCCUACUGAAAUUAAAUGAUCCUUUAGAAUAAUUCCUAAGUAGUAGUACUAUUAAGUAACUUAGUUGGGAUGCUGGCCAGGGUUUUUUGUUUUGUUUUGUUUUUGCUUUUGGACGUUUGUCUAGGGGAAACUGUCAUGAGCACCGUGAAAAUCAGCUCCCAUAUUUAACACCACUUCUUAGCAGUUCAUCCAGGCCUUCCUUGGGGAUCAUUCUUGGAGCUUUUUCAGGCUUUCAUGUUGUGUUUUACAGGUCACCAACUCCAGAAAAAAGGAUGCUUUAUUUACUGUGAACAUGUAAUGCACCUCCAAAAAAUAACAAACUAAAAUGUCGCCUUACUGCUUUUCAUUAUUGACAUUUAAUAAAGCAAGCAACCAAGUUAUUUUUAAAAUAUAUUUUAAAGGAAAAUCCAGUAAUUAAUAAUGCACAAAGAAAGUGAAGAUUAGUCAGAGCUUUAACAAGAAGUGACUGCGGAGGGUGUUUUUACCUCCAAAGGCCUACAUAAGCAUACAGGCAAUUCAAGUUCUUAGGACACACACGGAGUUAUGGUAUUUGCCUCCAGAUCAUAUUUUAAUGUACUUAAUCUUCAUAUAAAGUUCCCCUUUUAACUUCCUCCACGCAGCAAUGAGGUUUACAUGGAGACUGAUAAAAAUAAAUACGCUUCCCUCUGGAGGCAUUGUUUGCAUUUAAAGAGGCCAUGCCAGUUCAAAUCCAGGCCUCCUUUUGUAAAAACAAACUGCUGGAUCCAAAAAAGGGCACUUUGAAAAUCUCAGUCCAAACAGCAGGAGGCUCACAAUAACCUAAACACACUUGAAUAUUCCAUGUCCCAGGGUCAAUUCCCUGAAGAACACAAUAGCACCUGAAAGCAGAGGUGACCCAGCCUGAUUGUGUCUCUUAAGCUGAUGGGAAGAUCCCAUCAGAUUCUCAAAGGCUUCUCUCCCAAAUACUGGGUGCCCAUGAGAUGGCUUUAUAAAACAGUAUGAUCCUGUGAGCAGGUACCCAUGGAACCCUUAUUUUGGAACUGCUAUUCCUUCCUUAUGGCAAGCCACAGGUAAUAGAUAUGACAUUGUAAAGUGUAUAUAUGCUCUGUCUGGUUUAAUGUAUGGAAUGAAUAUUGUGAAAAUGUGUCUGUAAUACAAGGAAAUACAGUGUCAUGAGACACAGUUUGGAAGGUCCUCAUGUACCCAAAUUUUAUCAUUUGAAGAUGAUGUUUGAUUGAUAUAUGCUGUUUUAAAAAUAAAAUGAUCAUGUGAGUUACAGUGGAUCACAGAGAGGAUUUUUAAAGCCAAGCAGCCUAUACCUUCAGCAAAUAUAUUGCCCCUCUGGAGAGUGAGGAAGUAAUGGUGAACGGCCAAGCUGGUCUGACCUAACUAAAAGCAGGUGAAGUGCGUCUGUUUCCUGGGGUAACUGAGAUACGAUGUUAUAGCUCACAUCUUAGCAUAUCAAAUAACAGAAAUCUAUAAAUUUGAUGGGGUAAAGUCAUAUGGUAUCUCACUGGGAUGUGCAGACAGGUCAAAAACAUUCCAGGUGGAUUCACAUGACACAUUCGAAGCCAAAACACUGGUUCUUGGAAUUCGGUGGCUAGCCUGACUUCUGGUUGGAGGGGGGAAGGCUAGGAAGCUGACACUGGCUGCAUUGGCCAAACUCACCAUUGUCGGCUCCAUCAGCCUUGCUUACAGUUCCAGGGCCAACAUCUGUAACCAAGAGUUGAAGUCGGUUACAGAUGUCAGUUCCGGAACUGUAAGUAGGGCUGAUGGAGCCAACAUUGGCAGGUUCAGACAACAUGGCCAAUAGAUAGCUUUUUGCCCUCCCCACUGGAAGUCAGGCUCAUUGCCAAACUCAGAAAACCAGAUUGGUUUUUAUUGUAUCAUAUGAACCCAUCUUCCCUGUGUGCAAGGAGAGAUAUCAGGCAAGGUAAACAUUUCAGUGUGUGCAUUUUUAAUUACUCAGUCUGGCAGUGGCUGUAUAGGCAAAUACAAUUAGAGCCAAGGCCAUUUGUGUUUUCAGCAAUCAUGCAGAGACUCCAGCAGAACUGUGUGCAGCAAAGCUACUGCCUCAGCAAUAGCCCCUAUGGCUUGAUGUGGGUCAGUAUGAGGCAUGCAAAGGCAUUUCACUACACAGAAACUGGCACAUCAUGGGGAAAGGAUGAGGGCCCAUGCUGGAGGGGAUUAUCCCAUGUGUCAUCCUAAUGUUCUUUUGACCACCACAGAAACAGCUACAUGAUCAGCACAGCCCCCAAAGUAAGCAGUAAGAAGAGGAGUGAAACUGACAGGCAGUGCAAAAGGGGUGCUUACCCACAAGUUGCUUUGCCCAGAAUGCACAAGCCACUCUGUGUGCUGUCACGUCUACAUGUAUCUAUAAGACUGCAGUGCAAGCAAGAGAAGGACCCUGUCAUUUAAAAGUGCAUUUUUAUCUUUAUGUGUAAAAGCCAGUCCUUUGUGCUUCCAUAUACUAUAAAUUCUGCUUUAUAAAAUGUUUGUUUUAACCAAAUGUCUAUCUGGUGUUAUUGUUUGCAAUAGAAGUUUGAUUGUUCUCUCUUUUACAUUUGUUUUAAUCUCAUGCUGGUCGCUGACCGAAAUAAAGAGAUUGAUUGGAACCAAA